GCGCAGGUCGGCGUGCGAGUCCUGCAUAGCACCGGAACACUCGACACGCACACAGCACCGGAACACGCCGCUGUCCUCCGGCACCAUGUUGUGCCUGUGACUCCAUCGGGACCAUCAGUAUCACCAGGACCACCUUCCUUCUUUCUGGAGGCUUUUGCCUUUCUUUUUUCCUCCUUCUUGUGGUCCGAGGUGCCGACCCGCUGUGUGGAUUAUUGGUUCCGACGCUGCACAAGAGCUUGCCAUGGAGGAGUCCAGCUCUCACAAGGUGGUCUGGGAGGGCGACACCAAGGCGGUCCAACAAUGUCUGACAGACAUCUUCACCAGCGUCUACACCACCUGUGACGUACCUGAGAGCGCCAUCUUUGGGCCGUGCGUGCUCAGUCACACCUCCAUGUACGACAGCAUCGCCUUCGUCGCACUCAAGGCCACCGACAAACGCACCGCCCCCUACAUCUUCCGCGUGGACACGUCAGCAGCCAGCAGCACCUCAGAAGGUCUCAUGUGGCUCCGGCUGGUCCAGUCGGCACGGGACAAGGAGGAGCAGAACCUGGAAGCGUACGUGAAGAACGGGCAACUCUUCUACCGCUCGCUGCGUCGCAUCGAGAAGGAUGAGGAGCUGCUGGUUUGGUACGGAAAGGACCUGGUAGAACUGCUGCUGCUCAGCUCUAGCAGGGCGCCUGCUAAAAGCAAAGAAGGUUCCACGCACAACUCGUGUCCGGACUGCAGCCAGCGGUUCCAGUUUGAGUUCCCCUUCCUGGCCCACCUGCGGUUCCGCUGUACCAAAAGACUACAGAACCUGACGGGGGUGGAUGAGGAGCCCGGCAAGGAGGGCCGCCCUGACCAACCCAACGUGACGCCCGCCAGGACCAGCCCAAAGCUGGGACGCUCCGAGGGCUUCGGGAGUCCUCAGGACGCCAACAAACCUUCCACUGACUUUCACAACCUUGCUCGGGAUCUGGAGAACAACCGGACCAGUUCGCUCAGAGACAAAGAGGCCGAGGUCAGCAGCGAGAGUUCUGGGAAGAGAAAGUUCUCCGAGAUUGAGGACAGGGAGUCUCGGCGGCCCGUGGUGUCCCAGUCUAAGUCUAAAGAAGAACUGGCCACGUCGGCUCAGAACUACAGAGGCGUGUACGGCCUGGAGGAGAACCACAGGUCGCUUUCCUCGUCGGGGUCUUCAGAGAACUCAGAGACCAAACGCAGCGCCUUCACCGAGGUCAAGAAGUCCGCCCAGACCCUCAAGAACCACGGCUCCAGCAAGAGCCUUUCUGGCGCUAACUCUGAAAACAAAGAUGGCGGACGGCCCGGCAGCAACCCCUCAGAGAAGCACCUGAACAUCCGGCAGGUUCUGUCGGAGACCCAGCCGUCCCAGACGCAGUCCAUGGGGAGCGCCUUCACCUCAGUGAGCCAACAGGGCGGCGGCGAGAGGAAGAGCGCCUUCAGCCAACCUUCCCGGUCCUCCUUCUCCCAGAUCUCCCCGCUGGUCAUGCCCCCCAAGCUGCUGGACUGCCACCCGGCGGUGGGCGACACGAUCUCGUCCAGCCGCCUCUACCAGGCCGACCACCUCGCCGCCAAGCUGCAGGGCGCUGAGCUGGGUGCCAACUGCCCGGUGCCGGGCGGAAUGGCCAAGCAGAGCCCCUUUGUGUACGCCACCGCCGCCGCCACCACCUUCUGGCCCAAGAACUCGGGCGCCAUCCAGCUCCAGAUGCCCUCUGCCCUCACCCUGCUGCCGCCCUCCUUCACCUCGCUCUGCCUGCCGGCGCAGAACUGGUGCGCCAAGUGCAACGCCUCUUUCCGCAUGACCUCAGACUUGGUCUACCACAUGCGCUCGCACCACAAGAAGGAGUACGCCAUGGAACCGCUGGUUAAGCGGCGGCGCGAGGAGAAACUCAAAUGUCCAAUCUGCAACGAGUCAUUCCGGGAGCGCCAUCACCUGUCCCGCCACAUGACCUCCCACAACUGACUGAGGCCACGCCCCCUGCACCCCCUUAGCACUGGUUCUCCACCCCUCCCACCUUUUCUUGUGUAUGAAAAUGCAUCGGGCCUCUGGAGUGACUCAGAAAUCAGUCUGGAAUGAGUUUUAUUUGAAUCGGGAACACAACUGGAAUGAAUGUGGAAUGAGUCUGAAUUUAAUCUAAAAUGAGUCUAGAAUGAGUCUGGAAAGAGUCUGAAUUUAAUCUGAAAUGAAUCUGGAAUGAGUCUGAAUUUAAUCUGAAAUUAAUCUGAAAUGAGUCUGAAAUGAGAUUAGAAACAAUCUGGAAUGAGUCUGAAUUUAAUAUGAAAUGAAUCAGGAAUGAGUCCGAAUUUUAAUCUGAAAUGAAUCUGGAAGGAGUCUGAAAUUAGUUUAAAAUGAGUCUGAAUUUAAUCUGAAAUUUAUCAGGAAUGCGUCUGAAUUAAUCGGAAAUGAAUCAGGAUUGAGUCUGAAAUUAGUGAAAUGAGUUUAGAACGAAUCUGGAAUGGGUAUGAAAUUAGUUCAUAAUGAGUUUGAUUGAAAUUGUGAAUGGAUCUGGAAUGAAUUUGAAAAGAGUCUGAAAUGAGUAAAAUGAGUCCAAAAGGAAUCUGAAAGUGAGUCUGGGAUUAAUCUGUGAUAAAUCUGAAAUUAGUCCACAAUUAGUUUGAUUUGAAUCGGGUAUAGACCUUGAAUGAAUUUGGAAUUAGUCCGAAAUAAAUUUGAAAAUAAUCUGAAAUGAGUAAAACAAAUCUAGAAUAAAACUGGAAAGAGUCUCAAAUGAAACUGAAAUUAGUCUGAAAACAGUGAAUUGAGGCUUGAAUAAAUCUGGAAUGAGACUAAAAUGAGGAUAGAAUAAUUCUGGAAUGAGUCUGAUAAUAGUUCAUAAUGAGUUUAAUUUGAAUCGGAUAUAGAUCUGGAUUCGAUCUGAAAUGAGUCUCAAAUUAGAACAUAGUGGUCAUGAUUUGAAUUAUGAAUAGAUCUGGAAUGAGUAUGAAAUGAGUGUGGAAUUAGUUCAUAAUGAGAUCAAUUUGAAUAGGAAAUAUAUCUGGAUUAAAUCUGGAAUGAGUCUGAAAUUAAAACAUAAUGAAUUUGAUUUGAAUUGGGAACAGAUCUGGAAUUAACCUGGAAAAGCCUGAAAUGAGUGUAGAAUGAAUAUGGAAUGGGUCUGAAAUGAGUCCAUAAUGAGUUUGACUUCAAUCAGGAAUAGACCAGAAAAGUAUUUGGAAUUAGUCUGAGAUUAGUACAGAAUAAAUCUGGAAAAAAGCUGAAUUCAGUUCAUAUUGAGUUUAAUCUACAUCGGGAAUAGAUUUGGAAUUAAUGUAGAAUUAAUCUGAAAUGAGUAAAAUGUAUUUGAUUUGACUCUGGAAUAGACCUUGGAUGAAUUUGGAACGAGUCGGAAGUUAGUUCAUAAUGAGUUCGAUUUGAAUCAGAAGUAGCUCUGGAUUAAAUCUGGAAUGAGUCUGGAAUAAACCAUAAUGAAUUUGAUUUGAAUUUGGAACAGGUCUGGAAUGAACCUGGACUAAAUCUGAAUUCAGUCCAUAUUGAGUUUGAUUUGAAUCGGAAAUAGAUUUAUAAUCAAUCUGAAAUGAAUGAAAUGUGUUUGAUACGACUCCGCAAUAGACUUGGAAUGAAUCUGGAAUGAGUCUGAAGUUACUUUUUAAUGUAUUUGAUUUGAGUUGGGGACAGAUCUGGAAUGAAUCUUGAACAAAUCUAAAAUGAGUCUAGAAUGAAUGUGGAAUGAAUCUGAAAUGUGUUUGACUCUGGGAUGAAUCUUGAAUGAGUCUGAAGUUAGUUCAUAAUGAAUUGGAUUUGAAUCAGGAAUAGAUGUGGAAUGACUCUGAGACAUGUUUGAUAUGAAUCUGGUGCGGCUGUGGAAUGAAUGGUGAAGGUUUUGAAUAUGAAUCAGAUCUAUUUAUGAAGCACUUGGUGUAAAUGUACAGUAAGUUGUAUUUAAUAUGAGGAGGUGCAUGUUCCAAUAAUAAAUAUUUGUCUUGUGUGAGGAAUAUUUCAGUGAAGAAAAGUUUACAGUCCAUCAAAUCUUGUUCAACCACAAUAAAAUAGAUUUAUUUUCAAAUCUC